UCCAGUAUACUGCGCGUGCUUAACAAAGAGAUAGGAUCAAAUUUUGUGCCUCAGUGAACGCAGGGACAAAUUAAACGAAAAAUGGCUGAAUCAAGACCUCGCCAAAACUAUCAUCAGGACUGUGAAGCUGGAAUUAACAAACAGAUUAACAUGGAAUUACACGCUAGUUAUGCCUAUCAAUCUAUGGCAUUUUACUUUGACCGAGAUGAUGUGGCUUUGCCUGGAUUCUCCAAAUUCUUCAGUCAUUCCUCCUCCGAGGAGAGAGAGCACGCCGAGAAGUUAAUGAAGUAUCAGAAUAAAAGAGGUGGACGUGUUGUUCUCCAGAAUAUCCAAAAGCCGGACCGUGAUGAGUGGGGAUCUGGUCUAGAUGCGAUGAAAGCAGCGUUACAGCUAGAAAAGACUGUGAACCAGGCUCUUCUUGACCUUCACAAGAUCGCCAGUAACCACGAAGAUCCACAGGUUGGUUAAAUGUUCGAUUGCAAUUAAGGAAUGUGCAUAGUAUUUUUUCGUGUAUAACAGUACCGACAAACUGUCAAUAUAAUUAUGUACGAUUUAUAUAUCUGUAACAGGUAUGUGAAAUUUUGAUUGAGAUACAAAAAGUUGUAAUUGUUUACUGUAAUGAUCAAAUAAAAUCAUAAAAUAGCUCUUUUCUACAGGCACAUAAUCCAAGGGCUUCUUCUUUUAAAACAUCACUGAUUUGUCUCCCGUUUGAUAGGAAAAAUUGGGUAUCUUAAAACUUCUAGCGUAUAUUAUAAACACGCAAUAAUAAAUAAGUCGUUAUUACUGCAUUCACGCCUUUGUAGACUAGCCACUAGACUGAUAAUAACUAUAUUUCUAUAUUUUUCCCUUUUAUGACGAAUUCAAUUUCAUAGAGACAAAAGCCAGUCUAUUUUAGAGAUUUUUGCACAGGACUGAUGUUGAAAUUAUCAUUGGACAUAGGAUAUAGACUGGCUCAGUUCACUACAUUCAAUCAUAAAAAUGUAAAAAGAUAUAUAUCAUAGUCUAGGAGCUAGUCUAACGCCUUUGAUACUGAACAUUAUGAAGCUGCCACACAUUCUCAUAUAGUUUACAAUAAAAACUAUUCAAUGCCGUACGGUAAAGACGAGAUCAAAUGCCAUUCUUUCAUUAGACCACUUCAUCAUUAGAUGUUCAUUCAAAAGUAGUUUAUUGGUAAAAUAUAUAAACUGUGUAUGUAGAGCAGCUGUAGCAAUGAAAA